AUGGCUUUCCAGACAAACGUCUUCAGAAACGGUGCUUGGGUGACGGAGACUAUUGACCUCCAAACUGUUCUGAGGGGCUCAACCACAACCACCUCCGCUGUCGCUCCUUCACUCCCCGCCCCGCCAAGCUGUGGUAUCUUGACGAGAACUGUCAUCGAAAGCCCUAUUGCUCGAUGGGUCUUACCUGCUCGUCUGAGGUCUGCACACCACAAUGAUGUUGCCUUCGUUGGGGACCGUUAUGUGAGCGUCAAUGAGUUGCGCAAGGACGGACAGCUUCAGGAGGUGCUGCGGAAGAACGACUUUGGCUGUCGCAUCCGAAAUGCCCUUGUUAUUGGAAACAAGUACGAGCACUUCCGCGUUGUCCCAGACGACCCUGGUCAUGAUCACAUAAAAAGCGAAGACGAAGACGACGACACCCAAAUGGCCGACGUUGGCUCUGCAUCUGGCAUUAGUAGUUCCCAUGGACAGUUUCCGCCACACUUGUUGCUCCUUAUCCUCGAAUCAGGUUCGUUUGUUUUCCUCUUCAUCAGAAGAGAUGCUACCACAGGCAUCCUGGAGUUCGUCACAUCGCCGUUCCACAACCCAGCAAGGAGACUAGGCCACUUGGGUUUUCACGUAGCUGUCGACCCCAGGUCUCGCUAUAUCGCAGUUGCGGACGCCCAGAACAAAUUCGUCGUUUACGAGCUAGAGUCCAUGGAGGCAAUGGGCGACCAGUUCACACUCAAUAAGCCCUUCAAACCAGUCAGGGCGCAUCACCCAAGAGCAGUCCAAGGUACCAUCCUCAAGAUGGAAUUCCUGUGGCCUCGUCCCGAGGACGAAAACCACGUCAUUCUCCUUCUCAUUAUCGCAAAGGCCGACAGGUCGAAGAUGGUCAUAUAUGAAUGGGAGCGCGGGGACGACCUUGGCCAAGUGUUGGCUGAAGAAAAACGUGGCCAUCGCAUAGCACCGGAGCAUCGCCUCCCUCUUCUCAUCAUUCCUUUGACAGUGAGGAGUUCCUUUUUUGCAGUUUCCGAACACGCCCUUGGUAUAUGCAAAGACCCUCUGCAAGGACCCCCUGAUAUUGAAACAAUCAAUCCAAUCAGCCAUCCCGCGAGCCCUUUUCAUCACGGUACUGGUGUACCUCUUUGGACAGCUUGGGAUAGACCAGUCAGGAGGCGGCGAUACUACGACACAAAAGAUCUGAUCUACUUAGCUCGAGAGGACGGCGUGAUUGUCUUCUUCGAGUUCAAUACGACGGAUAUCCUAGGCGCUGCCAUGAAUGUCGGCAGCUGCAACUGCAAUAUUUCGACCGCCUUCACCACAAUGUAUGAUGCUUACUCCGACGUGGCCAUUGUCGCAGGUGAUUCUGGCCCCGGUAUGGUCUUUCAGGCAAGUCACAAUGCUCUCAAACCUCGAGAACCUCUCGUCGAGCUUGGGAGUAUCCCAAACUGGUCAUGCUCGGUUGAUUUCGUCACUACAGAUGCUCUAACAUCGUGGGAUCCUGAGAUCGGCUCUAAGGGAAAAUCCAUCGUGCCAUGGCGAGACAGAACGUUGGACCAUUUAACAGCCCCAGACAAAAUCCUUUGCGCGUCCGGGAACGGACCGCAGGGCAGCAUAACAGAGCUUCGCUAUGGACUCCCUGCUAAUAUUAUAUCCUAUUUCGAGCCGCUACCGACAAGAAAAGUUUGGGUUUUCAGAACUACAGACGCAAUUUGGCCGUAUCAGAUGCUGAUGGCAAGCCCCGGGAAUUCUGACGUGUUGCUAGUAUCAUUUGAUCUAUCACACGCGGAGAUGGCCGAUCCAAUGACAUCCCAGUUUGACACAGAGUCUCGAACUCUGGCAGCGGAGCAAAGCCGAGACAGUACGAUUAUUCAGGUGUCCGAGAAGCGCAUCAUCACUAUCAACGAGCACCAUAGUUCAAGAUAUGAGCUAGGUGAUUUUGAGGGCGUGGGCAGGUUAGGUGAACAUGCAGCCGUCAGAGACAGUUGUAUCUGCGUUUCCACCUUUGAAGAAUCUCGCUUCCGAAUACACACUUUCCGCACGAACGGGACGGAAACAUCCCUUACACAAACUUACCCUGUCGAUGGCGAAGUUACGUGUCUGGCUCUCUGUUCCCUGGAUGGACGAGAAUGUGUACUGGCUGGGCUUUGGCGACAAAACAGCCCCUAUUUGGCCGUUUUCCCGACAGACGUAUCGGGAGAGGAGCCGGAGUUGAUACGGCUUACCAUGGACGAAGAGGCUCAUGAUGCGGAAGACAUUGAUGCAAUGGAUAUUACCCCAACGAUCGAGUUGGUCACCACCAUCGUGCCAGUAGCGGAAUCAGCGGAGCAAACAAGCGUAGUCGUGGGUACCCGAAGCGGGCAUCUAAUCACAGUCCAACUCACUGCGAAACCCUUCCAAUAUCGGACUUUCAAGGAGAGAUUGGGGACAGUCGCACUCGAAGUUGUGCCUCUAGCAACGCCGCUACUUCCUGGCUCGGUACUGGUUUGUUGCAAUGACAGCCUUCUGCUUCUCAGGGAUUUUGAGGCCAGACGGCCAGGUCAUUUUGCCACGAAGCAUCGGGUAUGGACAACCGACUUAAAGCACCCGGCAACUCCAUCGAUGCCUAUCAUCUCUGCCGCAUGCAUUCCCGCCGAUUUGGGCGGCAACAACCGCGCACCACUGGUCCUUCUGUCAGGAGAGCGCAUGUCGUUCGUAGAGCUGUAUUUGCAACCUGGGCCGGUGCCCAAGACACUACCACUGCCCGGAACACCUGCCAAGGUGCUAUACUCUCAAACUCUGCAGUGUUUAGUAGUUGCAGUGCAGAUCGACAAGAAGCCAACGGUUCUUUUCUUGGACCCCGAGACCGGAGAAGACAUCUCCCUUCCGCAAGACAAGCACGGGAAUGCAACAACAUUCAUCAGCGGCUUGGGAAGCCAAGACGACAAAAUCCACGCAGUUUACGACUGGCUUUUCAUCAAAGACGGCAUGACAUUUCACUACCUUAUCGUCACGACGGCAGGCGGACGCCUCCUACUUGUGUCUUCGAAGAAGGAAGAGAGUCGUGAUCCUGAGGGCAAUAGGAAAUCGAGGAUUCGGUUCUCCACCAAAUACAGGAUAAAGGAGAAGGCGCCCAUAUACUCCAUUGUUGGCGAUGGCGACAGCAUCAUCUAUUGCACUGGAAAAGUCCUUCACUGGGAUGUCCUUGACUCCGUCGAAAAGAGAUUGGUCCGCAAAAAGACGUACGAGCUAAACUCACCUGCCAUCUCACUACGGAUGGUGAAUGGGAAGAUCUCGGCGCUCACUCUAAGCGACUCUUUGGUGGUUAUUGACCACAAGGCAGAGAAUGCACAUGGAGAAAUGACACAAGUUCACGCAGAUCAAGUGACACGGAAGUCGAAUCACUUCUUCGAUGUCGGAGAUGAUGCAGACUCAGAGAUGGCCUGGCCAGUGACUCUGCUGACGGGCAUGGACCGGUCCUUCACGGCGGUCUGGACCCCUUGGCAACAGCCCAAGAGAGAGCUGGAGCUCGUUGCGGAAGGGCCGUUGCCCGCCAGCAUCAGGAAACUUCAGCGAGGUCGUGUGCGGCCGGAGUGGGUGGCGACGGAGCAUAUGCCGCGGUACGGCAGUAUACCAAGUACAGUAGAUGGUGCUGAGGUGUUGGGCAUCUGUCUUGACGGAUCAUUGAUGCACUUCAGCCUAGUCAACCUUCAAACAUGGCGAUUUUUGCGUCUUGUUGAGAACCUAGCGCUGAGAAGCCGACUGCUGUUUCCGUACAGUUACGAAGUGUCCACCCUGGACAACGAGGAAUACGACGCGGAAGCGAAAGAUACGCCAAAGUCGAUGAGGCACAUCAAUGGAGACUUACUCCAGCAGUGUAUCGACAAGCGGGUUCUCCAGGCGAUCAUAAAGGGAGACAGCAACCACGACCUUUUACGAGAGUAUCUGGACGGGUUGGAUGACGGAAAGUGGACAGCAUCUUUCCAAGAAGACAACGACCCUGAGCUGAUGAGGUAUUUCGAUCUGGCUUACGACAUUUUGGAUUACUUCCUCGCCCCUGUUCUUUGA